UAGCUUUGAUCGCUGAUUAUAUUUUGCUAGAUUUAUUUCAGACAUUAGUAGAACAAAGAUUCAAAUAAAUUAGUAAAACAUACACAACGGCUACGAGGGCAAACUUAGAAUCCAAAUGGAAACUAGCCAAGAAAUUUUUCUGUCGGCUGAGCGCCUUAUCGGUAAGAUGAAGCUACCUCCGCUGGUGGAAAGUUGUGAGACUGUAUGGCCUACUAAGCAAGACCUGGAUUUGAUACUUCCCACGUACGAGGACGAUUUGCUUACGCUAGGGACACUGCUUGGGAAGCAUCCAGGUUUACUGCUUGAACAGAUUCCAGAGAAUAUGAUAAAUUUCCAAACGUCUUUGAUUGCAUGUUGUUAUGAAUCGACUGCUUUUCUUAUUUCGGAGGAAAUAGCUGGAAUCCAGCAAACCAUUCGAGACGAUUAUAUCUGGAAACAGUUGAUGGUGAGAUCGGAUAGUGAAUUGAUUGUGGCCGGUUUGUUUGCAUAUUAUAGGAAAAUGUUGCUCAAAGAAGACUGGUUCUUUCAAUUCGGAGAUCUCUCCAGUUUCUGGGGAUUUGUGUGGGAUCUGAUGGAGUUUGACACGGCACACAAAUUCCUCGAUCGUGAUAGAGUGAAUUUUAUUGAGCUGGUAUGCAUCAAACUUAUGCGAUCGAAAUCCAUCCAAUUAUGUGUUAAGGGUGUGAUAGUUAUGGAGGAAUGCAUCUAUAAAACACGUGGCAAAGCACUGGUAGACUACGAAGCAGUCUAUGAAGAAAUGUCUGCUCACACGUGGCGUCUGUUUGAAACAGACGAGAGAAAUCAACAGAUAUCCAUCGUCCUAAUGGCAGCUCUUUUUGAAUGUGUCAAAGUGAUUGAAAUUGAGCGUAAACCGCUGCUCACGCUGAUUCAGGAUUUCAAGCAGUGGAGUAAAACGGAUGACCUGAUGGAUCUUUUACUGCGUGCACUGCAGCGCUCGGAAAACACUAACCAAUCUUUGGCACUACUUGAACAAAUAAUAAUUCUGCUGACGGUAGAUCACCCCAACAUCAAAGUCACACAUCUUUUAUCCGAACAUUCCGAUGAGAUCGACAGCAACAAUAACAGCGAAGCAGAGACGAAUUAUGCACUUCUCAUAAUGGAUGGGAGCGAUCGUAUCGAUCUGUCCGUUCCUCGCUGGUGGGAGAAUAUGACUCGGCAUGGCCAGGGUCGCUUCCAUCGUUGGACACUGAAACUUCUUGAAAUGCUGGUCAUGGAAGUGGGAAAAAUUGAGAAUCGAGGAAUUUUACAUUUUCAGUAUCUCGCUUGCAUUCUAUUUUUUGUCAUCGAUUGUCCGGGAGUGGAUCUGAACGUUAGUUCGCCGGACACGUUCAGCAGCGUCAUCCAGCUGAUGGUGGAUUUUCUCGAGCAAGGAGCAAAACAGCUGGAUCUUAUGCGUGCCAAGCGCAGUGAGGGUGAUUCAGCCGGCUUUGGUUAUAUGCAAUUUUUCGUUGCUUGCAUAGAGUUGACCAAAGAAUUCGCCGCCACCGUUAUUGGGAAAAAUAGCAAUUUGGCUACGAAAGCUAAGGUUCCUCGGAAUUUACCACAGUUGGCAUCUUUGCAGGGAAUAUCUGAAAGGCUGCAGUCAUGGUCACAACACGCAUGAAUUAUUAUUUCUGAUAAUGCUUAACGGAAAAAUUUGUUAGGUGACGAUUACUUUUACCGUGAAGGGUAUCUGAACGCCAUACCCUACUAUCUCAGUUGAAUUGCAUAUAUUUUAUAAAUUGAUAAGAUUACAUCAUCUUAAUAACAUCAUGUUUGUUAUAAUAUAAAAUUUAACAAAGUUUUGUUUACAGGAAUUCAUACAUUACGGAAUGGAUUACUGUUUCCAACAGUAAA